CUUCACACUGUUGUUGGAGUCACUGGAAGAGAAGCUUGAGAACACAAGAGAUCCAGAACUACAGAGAACAGAAACUGAGGGGUCUGAAGAACACAGAGAUAUGAUGGAAGUGAAUAAGGACAGUCACAAGGAUUUAAAAGAUGCUGAAGAAAAACAUUAUGAUCUGGAAGGAGCUCUGAGAAUAGGCAACAAAAAGCUACACAUGAGAAUUCACACCGGAGAGAAACCUCACACAUGUCUACAGUGUGGAAAGAGUUUUAGAAAAACAAGUCACCUUAAGCUACACAUGAGAAUUCACACUGGAGAGAAACCUCACGCAUGUCUACAGUGUGGAAAGACUUUUAGACAAACAAGUAGCCUUAAUACACACAUGAGAAUUCACACCGGAGAGAAACCUCACGCAUGUCUUCUGUGUGGAAAGACUUUUACACAAACAAGUAGCCUUAAAACACACAUGAGAAUUCACACCGGAGAGAAACCUCCCGCAUGCCUACAGUGUGGAAAGACUUUUACACAAACAAGUAGCCUUAAUACACACAUGAGAAUUCACACCGGAGAGAAACCUCACGCAUGUCUUCUGUGUGGAAAGACUUUUACACAAACAAGUAGCCUUAAAACACACAUGAGAAUUCACACCGGAGAGAAACCUCACGCAUGUCAACAGUGUGGAAAGACUUUUACACAAACAAGUAGCCUUUAUACACACAUGAGUACUCACACCGGAGAGAAACCUCACGCAUGUCUUCUGUGUGGAAAGACUUUUACACAAACAAGUAACCUUAAUACACACAUGAGAACUCACACUGGAGAGAAACCUCACGCAUGUCAACAGUGUGAAAAGACUUUUAGACAAUCAGAACACCUUAAGAUUCACAUGAGAAUUCACACUGGAGAGAAACCUCACGCAUGCCUACAGUGUGGAAAGACUUUUUCACAUACAGGAAAACUUAAGACACACUUGAGAAUUCAUUCCGGAGAGAGACCUCAUGCAUGUCUUCAGUGUGGAAAGACUUUUAUACAAACAAGUAACCUUAAAACACACAUGAGAAUUCACACUGGAGAGAAACCUCACGCAUGUCUACAGUGUGGAAAGACUUUUACAACUACGAGUUACCUUAAGCUCCACAUGAGAAUUCACACCGGAGAGAAACCUCACGCAUGUCUUCUGUCUGGAAAGAGUUUUACACAAACAAGUAGCCUUACACACAUGAGAAUUCACACCGGAGAGAAACCUCACGCAUGUCAACAGUGUGGAAAGACUUUUACAAACAGAAACCUUAAGAUUCACAUGAGAAUUCACACUGGAGAGAAACCUCACGCAUGUCUUCUGUGUGGAAAGACUUUUACACAAACAGGUAACCUUAAAACACACAUGAGAAUUCACACCGGAAAGAAACCUCACGCAUGUCUUCUGUGUGGAAAGACUUUUACAACUACGAGUUACCUUAAGCUGCACAUGAGAAUUCACACCGGAGAGAAACCUCACGCAUGUCUACAGUGUGGAAAGACUUUUACCCAAACACAAAGCCUUAAGAUUCACACAAGAAUUCACACCGGAGAGAAACCUCAGGCAUGUCUACAGUGUGGAAAGACUUUUUCAACUAUGAGUCACCUUAAGAGACACACGAGAAUUCACACUGGGGAGAAACCUCACGCAUGCCUACAGUGUGGAAAGAGUUUUACACAAACAGGAAACCUUCAGUCACACAUGAGAACACACACCUGAGUGAAACCUUACGGAUUCGAUUAGUGUGGAAAGAGAUUUAACAAUACAAGUCAUAGACACAUGAGAACUCACAUGCAGAAUUAAAAAUGGCUGC